GUAUUAGGUGCAACAUCCAGGAGCAGCAGCAGCAGCAUCAGCAGCAGCACGCUCGUCUGUGAUGCUGCUGCGCGCUGCGCGCACAUCAGUAAAUGAAUCACGUAGCACUAGAACAGCCUUUCUUCAUGCGAUCUUGCCAGACGUGCUGGAGAAACCCCCCGGAGGCUAGAUCUGUCACCGUUCACUCAUUUGCUGGAAGACGAUCAGAAACUAUGUUAAAUGCUGCGAGAGAUGCACAGGAGUCUGUUCUGAGGGCGUCGAGGGGUUUCCGGUCAGAUCGGCUCACUGUGAGGAGAGGAGCAGGUUUCAACAGUUGACGCGGAGAGAACUGCGCGCAGGAGGAGCGAUUGAUUUAGAUUAUCUGAAAUAACAUAAAAUAAACACAAAAAAACAAGAAAAAAAGGCGCAUUUUUCUUUUCACCGUUUUCCAGGAGGAGUGUUGUCCGAAUGAAGGAUACAGGAGCACCGGAUCCAAUUGGACUGGAUUAUGGGAUUACUGGACUGGUUCUAGGACAAUCAUCGGGCAAAAGUCGCAUCCGUGCGGUUGAUGCUCUUGAAUGACGGGGAGGAGAGCAGAGAACGCUCGGACGGGAGGAUCAAGCUCCACAUCCUGCUUUUUAUUCCCACUUUGUGCGUGCGACGCGGACGGAAGGCAUAUAUGCAACAGUGUGCCGCACAGAGGGGGGAAAAGUAGAUGCGCUGUGAAUGGUAACAUCGGGGGCAAUGCUGCAUUUUGAAUAGCCAUGUCAGUGUUUGCAGUAGCCUAGGUGUAGAUGUCGCAUGAGGGCAAUGCGCUUUUGUAAGCCGCCGUCUAACCUUCACCACAGAGAUCCAAACGCUUUAACCUUGGAAGCACUAUGGAAUAAUAAUACUUUAUUCUCAUCGAUUAUUAAUUAAGUCUUUUAUUUUGGAAGGGAAAAAAAGAGGAUACAUGGAGCGCCGUGCUGGAUUUGAUGUUUAAUUCAUCCAUCAGGUGUCGUUGGGCGGUCAUCUUUGUUUACAGAAAGAGUUCAUCACGUGAAAGAGGUUAAGAGACGAUUAAAAUGAGACAAGGAAUUGGUUUAAUGCCUAAUUAGAGGGAGAUCAGCGCCUGUUGUGGGUUUAGUUCUCUAGGUUUGCCAUAAUCAACAGGUUGAAAGUCAACGAGGAUUUUUUUCUCUCCCCCUCUUUUCUGUCUGCCUCUGCUGUGUAGAAGGGAUGCGUCUCUCUGUACCCAUUUUUUUCCUUUUGUGGGUUAAAGCCCUCACUCUGAAAAAUCUCAAUUAUUCUGUCCCAGAGGAGCAGGGACCUGGAACUGUGAUAGGCAAUAUAGCGAAAGAUGCUGGAUAUGGGACCAUCGAAAGAGGGAAGAAAUCCAACUUUCGAGUGCUGGAGAAUUCGGCACCGCAUCUUGUGGAUGUUGACCCCGAGAGUGGACUAAUUUUUACCAAACAAAGGAUUGACAGAGAGACAUUAUGCAGGCGCAACCCAAAGUGCCAGCUCUCCAUGGAGGUGUUUGCCAACGACAAGGAAAUCUGCAUGAUCAAGAUUGAUAUACAGGACAUAAAUGACAACUCGCCCAGUUUUCCCUCAGAUCACGUUAAUAUUGAUAUUUCGGAGAAUGCGGCUGCUGGAACUCGCUUUCCUCUGACCAUUGCACAUGACUUAGAUUCUGGGGAAAAUGGGAUAAAGACCUAUCAGGUUACAAGAGAUGAUUACAAUACUUUCUCGUUGGAUUUAAAAGUGAGGGGUGAUGGAACAAUUUAUCCAGAGUUGGUGGUUCAGAGACCUCUGGAUAGGGAGGAUCAGAGCCAUCACACCCUUCUCCUCACUGCAAUUGACGGCGGGGAGUAUCCGAGAUCAGGCUCCAUGCAGAUCAACGUCAGAGUGACUGAUUCGAAUGACAACAGUCCGGUUUUUGAAAAAUCCUCGUAUGUGAUAGAGAUCCCGGAGAAUUCACCCCCAGGAAAAAUACUUAUAGAUCUGAACGCCACCGAUCAAGACGAGGGAAGCAACGGACAGGUCGUCUAUUCCUUCACUGGAUAUGCAUCUGAGCGAAUACAAGAUUUGUUCUCCAUAGAUCCCAACACUGGCGUCAUCAAGGUCCAGGGAGAGAUUGACUUUGAGGAGAAUCCAAUCAUUGAGUUUGAUGUGCAGGCUAAGGAUAUGGGGCCCAACCCGAUCCCAGGCCACUGCAAAAUCACAGUCAAAGUUCAGGACAAAAACGACAACUCGCCAGUCAUAAGUUUUGUUUCUGUCCGGCAGGGGGCCAUCAGUGAGGCGGCCCCUCCAGACUCUGUCAUAGCGCUCGUCAGAGUGACUGAUAAAGACUCUGGCCGUAACGGUCAACUUCAGUGCAGAGUUCUGGGAAACGUACCUUUCAGGCUGCAGGAGAACAAUGAUAACUUCUACACUCUGCUCACGGAUAGACCUCUAGACAGGGAGAUGAGAGACGAAUACAAUGUGACAAUUGUGGCGAGAGACAAUGGUAUCCCCUCUUUGAACAAUACCAGGUCGUUCACUGUAAAAAUUUUGGAUGAGAAUGACAAUGCGCCACGCUUUACAAAGUCAUUGUACGUGUUGCAGGUGCCUGAGAACAACAUCCCAGGGGAGUACUUGGGCUCUAUUUUGGCCCACGAUCCAGAUGUAGGUCGGAACGGCACAGUGACCUACUCCAUACUUCCGUCACACAUAGGAGACGUAUCAGUGUACACCUAUGUGUCUGUUAACCCCACCAACGGAGCCAUAUACGCGUCUCGCUCAUUCAAUUAUGAGCAAACCAAAUCCUUCGAGUUCAAAGUUCAGGCUAAAGAUGGCGGCUCCCCUCACAUGGAGAGCACUUCCACAGUCAGAGUCAAUAUUCUUGAUGUGAAUGACAAUCUCCCUGUUAUUAUUUUACCACUUCUGCAAAAUGACACAGCUGAAAUCCCAGUGCCUAGAAACGUGGGGAUUGGGUACAUUGUAGCUACAGUGAAAGCAGUGGACCAUGACCAUGGAGAUAGUGGCCAUUUAACCUAUGAAAUCACAGAGGGAAAUGACGACCACCUGUUCGAGAUAGAUCCAGUGGGAGGAGAGGUCAGAACAGCCCAUGCUCUUUGGGAGGAGAUUGCUCCAGUAGUUGAGCUGGUGGUGAGGGUAACUGACCAUGGCAAGCCCCCCUUAUCUGCCGUGGCUAAGCUCAUCAUUAAAGUGAACACAGAGACAGCGGCAGGAGGGGGUUCCACCGCGAGUGGGGAAAAACAGCACUGGGAUGUGUCCCUGCCCCUUAUUGUUAUCCUCUGCAUUAUCUCUGUCAUGCUCUUAGCCGUCAUGACCGCCAUCGCUGUCAAGUCCAAGCAUCACGAUAAGGAGAGUGGGAAUUAUAACUGCCGCAUGGCUGAGUACUCCAACACUCCAGUGGGGAAGGGAAAAAAGAAAAGGAUCAACAAGAGUGACAUCAUGCUGGUGCAGAGUGAGAUGGAGGAGAGAGAUUCUGCCAGUCGGAUGAAUGUGGUGAGCAGCCCGUCUCUCAUCACCUCACCAAUAUGUUUCGACUACCAGAGCCCUCUGCCGCUCACACUGCCCAGGUCAGAGGUCAUGUACCUGAAAACCACCUCCAACAGCCUGACCGUCCCUAGGUCAGGGUGCCACUCCAGCUUUGCCGGGCUGAGCUCUGACACUUCAGGAAACAGGAUGUCAGUGAUCCAGACUGAAAAUUUCUCCUCAGAGCCCAAUUAUUCUGGCAGCAGGCAGCCAUUUGUUCAAAGUUCAACAUUUAAGGAUGCAGAACGAGCGAGCCUCAGAGACAGUGGCCAUGGUGAUAGUGACCAGGCUGAUAGUGACCAGGAUACUAAUAAAGGCUCACACUGCGACACAUCUGCCAAGGAGGCCCUCAAGAUGAAAGCGGUGGCAGUUAAUGGCCAGUCUUUUGACAAGGAGCAAGACAAAUCAGUCCACUGCACCGAUGAAUGUCGUGCACUGGGACAUUCUGACAGAUGCUGGAUGCCAAAGUUACGGGUAGGAAGCCAAGCAGACAGCGCAGAUAAUCGCACCAACCUUUUCAUCCCUGUGGGAAUGGAUGCCAUGGUAGAGACAGAGAUUUAUGGCACCAUCAGCUGCAACAGCAGAAAAACCCUCAGCACGUUUGGAAAGGAGCAGCGGGACAGUACUAUCCUUGUGGCCAAUGUCAAACCUUACUUAAAAUCACAGCGUGCACUAAGCCCACCGCUACAAGAGAGUCCAUCUGCAUCCAGCAGUCCCACCAAGAGUAGCACGCCCAUGGACUUGGCCAAGCAAGAGUCUAAAGAAGAGAGGGACCGUGGAUCAGACAGCAGUGCCUAUGGCCCUCCAGAUGGCCAGUGCUCCCCACAGCACACCGAGCUGGAGGAGCCCUCCUACCUGACCUGCGAGCUCAGGCCUAAGUCUCUGUCAAGCAGCCUCAUUCACAGCUCUGUCAUCAGCCAGGAGUGCGGGGGGUCGGAUCGCGCUCUCGACCCGAGGGACUCUGGGAACUGACAGGUGAGGCGAUCGCGCUCCCUCUCACCUGCCAGGGGGUGUGAUGAGGACAUCACAGGUAAUGACCAAGAGGUGAUUUAUUUUUGACCCACAAACGUGUUCAGACACAUUGUAUAACCAAAAACCAUCUGCUUUAUAUGUUUUUCUUUUCUUUUUUUUAUUUUGUUUUGUUUUUUUUUUUUUGGUUUUUUUACUUUGUGACUUGUGUUUCGGUGAAAUAUGUGUCCUUGACUGCUGUGAAGAUUUGGGGAGGUGGGGAGGGGGUUGGGGUGCUUUUCUGACUUCAAGUGUUUUCAUGGUGUACUGUACCUGUCAAUUUAGAUGUCUGUAUUUUACACAACUCCGAUUUUGUGAGGCUGUUGAACAAAUUGCUACUGUUGCGCUAUUGAGUCCUGUCUGCUUUUGUACGGUGAAGCUUUCUGUCUCCAUUUAGUGUAUAAGGAUCCUCUCUCUGAAUAUCACAAGCAACUGAAAUACAUAUCAGUAAAGUUACAUUCAAAAGUGAAGUGUCUUAUGAACUGUUUAUGGUGGUGCAACAGGGAAUGUCCCUUUUCAUAACAAAAAAAAAAAAAAAGAAAGACCAACACCGUUUGAAAACAAUUUUUUAAGAAUGUAUUUGUAACUUUAAUCGUCGUCCUCUCUGCAGUUUAUGUGAAAACAAGCUGGGUUUACACGUGAAUGUGGGCUACUGUACUUGUUGUGUACUUUAUUAAAUUUGUAUACACUGUGUGCAUGGGAGGGGGUUAUUUUCGACUGGUGACAACUUCUGAAGCUGUCUGUUCUGUGUGAAAGAAGUGCAUUUCUUUGCAAAAAGGUGCUUUUAUGUGUCCAAGAAAGAUAGCACUAGUGACUCUGCAGAUGUGCCAUCCCUUAGUUGUACACUGUGUGCCCACACAUGUCAUUUACCAUGCUAGUUGAAGCAACUUUCUCUCAAGAAAACCAGAAAACAACAUUUUACACAGCUAUUUAUAUUGAAUAAAGUCAAAUAAAAACAAGCACUGUGGAUUAGUGCACUCAACGGAGUUGACUUCCUCUGCACAAUGCUUUCACUAAAGUAUGCAUCAUUGCCAUGAAUACAUUUGUGCUGUUUUCAAAUGUCCGUAUUCCCGAAGGUUUGUAUUAAUGUCGAUGCAUCUGACAAAUAAUGAGACAUGAAUCUGAACAGAAAAAAAAAAUGCUGCUUCAAUGAGAAUUUACAAGCAAGGACUUUUGCAAUUAAUUCUUUGAUAGCAUAAACUUGAACAAAAUGGAUAGUGAUGCCAUGGAGUAAAGUCCUUGAAGCUGCAAUGAAUUAAAGUAACAGUACAUUUAAAGGUAUGACAAGUACAGUAUGUGUAAAAAAAGAAAUAAAAAUACAGAAAAAGUUUUGCAACACUGCCUCUUUAA